AAAAAUAAUAAUAAUAAAGAAGUAACAACGCCAAAACUAAAAAAUUUGAAAGGCCAUGUAAGAAGCGUCGUCAGCGAAAAUCAAUAUCAAAGAAGAGAACGAAACGGGAAGAAAAUGUGCCAAAGAGCAAUGAUAAAAAUAAAAGCAGCAGCAGCAAAAGCAACAAACACUGAGCGUUGUUGUUGUCGUCGUUGCGAUAGUAGCCGGCAGCAGCUUCUACAACAAUUUGAGCGGCAAUUAUUAAACAUUACUUUUUAUCGAUAAUUAUCAUCCCCCCAACAACAACAAGCAACAUCGUUAUCAACAACAACAGCAAGGACAUACACAAACUGACAGAAGCAGCAAAGUAAAAAAAAAAAAAAAACGAGAAAAAAAGUAACAAAUUUUUUGUAUAUUUUUGUUUUCUUCUCGGAGAGUGAAGUGUAUAGAAAAAAGCAAAGGAAGGAAGAAGACGACGCACAAGGCACGAAAAAAGGAAGAAAACAGAAAAACUGGGGCGACUUGAGCGCGCGUAAAUUUGGGUCGUCGCUGUGCUGCGCCAUUCCAUUGGCGGCGGCUACUUCCAGUGUGUUUCUUGUGUGUAGAAGAAGAGAAUAAUAGUAGUAGUAGUAGUUGGUGUUAGUGUUAUAUCCCCUGUGCAUCAUGUCGUUGCAAACGAAACGCCAACAUUGUUAUCUCUGCGAUCUGCCCCGCAUGCCCUGGGCCAUGAUCAAUGACUUCUCAGAGGCCGUCUGCCGUGGUUGUGUUAACUAUGAGGGAGCCGAUCGCAUUGAGGUUGUAUUGGAUGCGGCCAGACAAAUGAAACGCUUGCAUCCGAGUAGCAAGCGUGCUCUCGAAAAUGGAGAAGUCGUUGUUCUUCAACAGCAGCAACAAGCAGCAGCUGCAGCGGCAGCAGUGGCUGCCGGACUACAGCAAGUACCCGGACCUCCACCGCCACAUCGUGUGGCACCAUCGUCUAGCACCGCCUCAAUUGUUGGUCCUUCGGGUGCCGGAGGUGGCGGCGGUGGUGCUGGUCCGUUAUCUGUGACAGCAGCAGUGGCUGCCCAUCAUCAUCAUGCGGCCACUGUGGCAUCAUAUUUGCCAGUCCCAAGGAUUGGACCUCCACCUCCCCAACAGCAGCAACAGCAACAGAGCACGCAGGGCCUCAUGGAUUAUCCUGCUAUUAAGCUAGAAUCCUCACCACACGACGGCGGUGCGGGCGGAGUACGACCCGUGCGCAUCUCACACAUGACGCCCCACCAUAUGCCUCCGACAACAUCACAAAGGCAACCACAACCAGGAGUUGGUGGUGGCGGAGGAGGAGGCGGUGGUGGUGGUGGCGGCGGUGGCAUCUCCGGAGCCGGCUCCUCAGUGCCCCCAGCUUUGUCAGUCAAUUUAAAGCGUCCACCCUCUGAAGAUAUUGAUGAUCCAACACAACCGCAUGGUCCACAUUCGGUCGAAUCAGCCGGACCUGGUGGUGGCCUUGUGGGCGGACCAACGGGUGUGAAGCGUACUGCUCUGGUCGUCGAUGAUCCCAGUGGAGUGAGGCCACCAUUGACCCGUGGUGAAUCAUUGCCAGCCGCUGUCAGUUAUGUGCCAGAGAGGCAACUCAAUUUACGGGAUAAACAGCAGCCCGUUAGGGCACCAAGUUUUGAUGCUUCAACAUUUAAAGCAGAGCACUUAUCGCCAGCCAGUCGACGCAAUGGAUCCAGCCCGCCAUCAGGGCCUUUGCCACCGCGAAGUGUACACUCGCCAAAUAGUUCGGGUUCCUCAUCUGGUCGUCGUUCGUCGGGAUCACGUCAUGUGUCAAGCACAACUGUCACAAGCAGUGAGGUGGGCGGCGGCGGCGGUGGCGGCUCAAAUCCCAGCGGCCAGGGCGGUGUACUAGGACCUGUUGGCAGUGCCAGCGGAGGUCCUGGCGGUGUCGGUGGCAGCAGUUCACAAUUGAGCAGCUGCAGCAGUGGCGGUGGACCCAGUGGUAGUACAACCUCUGGUAACGGUGGCACCGUUGGACCAUCCUCAGUUCUGCCACCCAAUUCGGUUGGUGGCGAUGGCAGCUCAGCGAGUGGCAACAAUGGCGGUGGGCCAAAUGGGGGAAACGGCUCUGUGGCUGGUGGUGGCGCUGGCGGCGUUGGUGGAACAUCUGUCAAUGCUGGUCCUGGCAGCAGCGGUAGUCAGCAGGGCACACCUGGUUCGGGUGGCAUCAGUGGCAGUGGAGGCAAUGGCGGUGGUCCAGGCAGUAGUGCACCGGGCAGCAGUGCUGCAACUAAUUCAGCAGCAGCAGCCGCAGCGGCAGCAGCACAAAAUGCUACCCUGAAGUGUACACUAUGCCAGGAGCGUUUGGAGGAUACACAUUUCGUACAAUGCCCAUCCGUGAAUCAUCAUAAAUUCUGCUUCCCCUGCAGUCGUGAGAGUAUCAAAAGGCAAAAUGGACUGGGCAAUGAAGUAUAUUGCCCCAGCGGCGAUCGCUGUCCAUUGGCCAAUUCCACCAUACCUUGGGCAUUUAUGCAGGGCGAGAUCACCACCAUAUUGGGCGAAGAGGUCAAGGUUAAAAAGGAGCGCGAGUCUUAAUGUCCAUUUUAUUGUAAAAAGCUGCGCCGAGCUUUGGAGCACUUUUAAACUACAUACAAACAAACACCCACACACACACACACACACACACACACAUACACAAUCACACAUAAAAACAAAAAACACACACACACAUAAACAGUGGCCACAGUGUCGUCCUACCAGACCAGACCAGACCAGCGCGCACCCUCCGCUCCGCUUCAAAUUUAGCGGCGGAAUAGCAGAGGAUGCUAACUUUUUUGUGAGGGCAGGCGAAAUAGCUUACGCCCUCUGUCCAUGACGACCAACCUACAAUAUAUAUAUAUAUAUAUAUAUAUAUAUAUACAUAUAUACAACAUACGUAUAUUGAUACAAAAAAUUAUCCAAUCCAAUCCAAUUGUGGUAUCCCCAGGCAAGGAGGCGAGUCUACAAUGUUUUUCAAAUCAAAAUCCAUGCACAAUGCACGAUGCGUCUCUGCGUCGCUAGAGCGGCCAACAUUCCAUUUGUGUUUGUGGCAAAUAAUAUAAACAAAUUGACAUAAAUUUCAAAUAAUGCUACACAAGAGCUAAAACCAAUCAUGACUUUUAAAUGGAGGCGCGCGUUAUUGGGCGACGAUGGCGAUUAUAAUAAUCUCUCCCCCCCAAAUGCAAAUUGUUAAAUGGAUAUGCCAUAAAUCUUAAUAUAAGAUGUAUGUCUCAUGAUUUUUUGUUUUUUAGAAUCGCCAUCUAAUUUAAUAAGGGGAAAAAUUUGUAACGAAAAUGUAAAGGUUGUCUCUGAAUCGGGGAAAGAAAACGAGAAUUGAGAUGCGCUGUUUGGAUAAUUUUGAACCACUUA